CCGCCAUAUUGUCUUGGAGCAAAACAAUCCCAGGGCCGCCGCGUUGCUGCCGCUGGCGGGGGAUUUCUGACCAAUAUAUGACCGAUAGCCCUAAAUUGCAAUGCUCGGCUGAUUCCCCAGUGCCUGAACCCCUGAGAGAGAGCCAGGCACGGGGGCGAGGAGGAGCAGGCCACCAACCCGCGGCCCAAGUUCCCAGCGAUGUCUGGCUUCAUUGAGGUGGAGGCGGAGGAGAGUGAGGAGGAGGAGGAGGAGUACGAUGAUGAUGAGAAGAAGAAACUGAAACAGCUUAAGAAGAAGUCACACAUUCAGGAUUCUUCCGAGGAGGAUGAUGAGGACGAGGAAGAUGAGGAGAAUAACGACUUCAUCAACGACAAUGUGGAGGACGAUGAUGAGGAGGGUGGCUCGGACAGUGAGAUAGAGGGGAAGAGGAAGCGAAGGGACGACGAUGAUGAUGACCUUGAUGCUGAUAACCUGGAUGAUGAUGACCUCGACCUGAUUGAAGAGAAUAUUGGUGUUAAGCUUGAUAGGAAGAAAAAGUUUAAGCGAUUGAAGCGUAUCGAGGAUGACGACUCCGAUAAUGAAAAUGAGGACAUCCAGGACAAGAUCAGGAAUGAGAUCUUCGAACACUCCGGUGAUGAGGAUGAAGAUGGCACCUCCCAAGCCCACCACGCACCCCAGCAGCCCGAGACUUACCCUUCAGACGAGGAGGAGGAUGGCGAGUUUGCUGACGAGAUGUUCAUUGUGGACGAGGAGGGCAAACCAUAUGCCCGUCAGAAGAAGAAGCCGGUGUUCGAGGACGAGGGGCUGGAGGCGGCCAGGGACAUCUUCGGUUGUGACUUCGACUAUGGGGAGUUUGAGCAGUAUGAAGACUGGGAGGAGGAGGAUGAUGACGAGGCGGAGGAUGAUGAGUACGAGGAGGACGAGGACGGGGAGGCCAGGGAGAGGAGGAGGAGCAGGAAGGAGCGUAGGAAGCAGGUUAAGAAAUCCAUCUAUGAGGUGUUUGAACCGAGUGAGCUGGAGCGGGGCCACCUCACCGACCAGGAUCAUGAGAUACGCAAGCUGGACAUGCCCGAGAGGUUCCAGCUGCGGCAGAUCCCAGUGACAAGGACCAGGGGCGAGGGAGAUGACCGCGCCGCCGACAAGGAGCUGGACCAGGAGGCGAAGUGGAUCUACCAUCACGCCUUCUUCCGCCCCUUCAUCUCCAACCAGGAGGGUCGUGAGGAGGCCCGGCAGCGCUCCAGGCGAGACAUCAACAUGAUUCAGAAGAUCUACAAUGCCCUUGACCUGAUGAGGAACUCUACGUGUGAGGUUCCCUUCAUCGCCUUCUACAGGAAAGAGGAGGUGCAGCCCGAACUGAACAUCCAUGACCUGUGGAAGGUGUACCAGUGGGAUGAGAAGUGGUGUCAACUCAAAAGCCGCAAAGAGAACCUACGCGCGAGGUUCCAGAUGAUGGCUGAGUACCAGGGCGACCUCAUCAUGAAGGACCUGGACGCCCCACUGCCUGAGAAUAUGCGAAUGCUGAAGGAGGAGGACAUAGAGAGGAUUGAGGAGAUUGAGACCUCGGAGCAGUUCAAUGACCACUACAAGCACUUCCUGCUGUACUAUGGCAAGGACCAGCCGGCCAUGCGGGAUCACAUGAAGGCACGGCGCAGGGAGCAGCGACCUACCACCAGGAUCGUCAAGGUCAUGCGAAAAGUGAGGAGAAAGAAGAAGAAGAAGAAGAAGAGCCACCUGAUCGUUGAGGAUGACGAGGAAGAGGAGGGAAAGAACAAGGAAGGAGAGGAGAAUGAGAAGGAGAAGGAAAAGGAGAAGGAGAAUGAGAAUGAGGAGGAGGGAGAGAAAACAGGAGAGAACGGAGAGACAGAGAAGACCAUGGACGUCGAUGGCGAGGAGGGGGAGAAGGAGAAGGAGGACGGAGAAGAGACAGCGGAGAAAAGCCAGGAAGACGCCGAGAAGGAGAAGGAGAAGGAAAAAGAAAAGGAGAAGGAGAAAGAGAAGGAAGAUGGCGAGGAUGACGACGACGAGGAGGAGGAGGAGGAAGAGGAGGUUGAGACGGAGGUGGAGGAGGAGGUGGAGGAGGAGAACCAAGAGGUGGAGGAGGACCAGGAGGCUCUGAAGAAGGCUGUGCGGAGACACGAGUAUGAGCUCCUGAGGAAGGCCGGAAUUGAAUCCCUCACGAAGAAGUUCGGUUUGACCCCAGAGCAGUUCGGGGAGAAUCUUCGCGACAACUACCAGCGUUUUGAUGUGGAACAGUGCCAGGAGGACCCCAUGAAGGAGGCCGAGGAGUUUUUGUCCAAGAUGUGCAGCACCCCAGAGCGUGUGCUGGAGGCGGCUGUCAGGAUGGUCGGGUGGCAGCUGGCGUGUGACCCCCUCGUCCGCCGCACCCUUCGAGAGGCCUACUUUGAGCGUUCAAGGAUCAGCUGUCGGCCCACUACACAGGGCGUGAAGGUCAUUGACGAGCACCACCCGCUCUACGCCGUCAAGUACCUUAAGGACAAGCCCGUGACUGACCUCCAGGGUGACCAGUUCUUGCGGCUGAAGUGUGGCGUCGAGGACAAGUUCAUGACCAUCAGCCUCGGGGAUACCAUGGAGGGCAACACCACCACCAACUUCCUGGACGAGGUGAAGCAGCUCUACUACAAGGAUGAGUUCUCGCAGGUCGUACAGGACUGGAAUGAGCUGCGAGGGCGCGCUGUGACCUUCGCCUACAAGCGGGUCAUCGAGGACUUGAAGAGGGAGCUAUCACAACGGCUGCUGCAGGAGGCCCGGGACCACGUGACCGAGCAGUGUUGCAGCAAACUCUACAACUGGAUCAAGAUUGCCCCCUAUGACCCUGGUGACUUCUCAGACGAGGAUGCCGAUGACUGGGACACCUCCAAGGGCUUCCGGGUGUUUGCCGUUUCCUUCGUCCCUGACCUCUCCCAGGCUGCCUUCGGGUGCUGCAUCGACAUAGACGGCGACUGCUGCGAGUACAUCCGCCUCCCUCAUCUCCUGAAGCGCCGUAAUGCCUACAAUGAGCGCGACGCCAUGGCCAAGGAGAAUGACAUCCGCCGCAUGCAGGAUUUUAUCAUCCGCCGGAAGCCUCACGUCAUAGCUGUGAGCGGGGAGUGUCGGGAUGCUCUCAUGGUGAAGGAGGACCUCAUUCAGAUCCUCAAGGACUUGGAGGAGCAGGAGCAGUUCCCUAAGAUCAACGUGGAGAUCAUUGAGAAUAACCUCGCCGACAUCUACUCCAUGUCCAAGAAGGGUGAGUCGGACUUCCUCGACUACCCUCCACUGCUCCGCCAAUCCAUCUCCAUCGGGCGCCGCGUCCAGGACCCCCUCAUUGAGUUCUCCCAGCUGUGUAAUCCCGAUGAGGAGCUUCUCAAUAUCAAGUUCCACCCCUUGCAGGAUCAACUCAACUCCUCAGAGCUGCUCAAUGCCCUCUACACGGAGUUUGUCAAUAGGACGAACGAGGUGGGGGUGGACCUGAACCGUGCCGUGGCCUACCCUUACACCCAGAACCUAGUCCAGUUUGUCUGUGGGCUGGGGCCGAGGAAGGCUAACCUGCUCAUCAAGAACAUGAAGCAGAACAACCAGCGGCUGGAGAACAGGAACCAGCUGGUCGUCAACUUCCACAUGGGUCCCAAGGUGUUCAUCAACUGUGCCGGGUUCAUCAAGAUCGACACCAAUGCUCUCGGCGACAGUGAAAACUACAUCGAGGUAUUGGACUCCACCCGCAUCCACCCAGAGGCAUAUGACUGGGCAAGGAAGAUGGCUGUUGAUGCCUUGGAGUACGAGGAGGAGGAGGGGAAGCCAGCAGAAGCACUGGAGGAGAUCUUGGAAACUCCUGAGAGGCUGAGUGAGUUGGAUCUGGAGGCCUUCGCUACAGAGCUGCAGAAUCAGGGCUUUGGUAAGAAGAACACGACCUUGUAUGACAUCAGGCAUGAGCUCAACCACAGGUACAAGGACUUCCGGCUGCCCUUCAGGUCCCCAACACCGGAGGAGAUCUUCAACAUCCUCACGAAGGAGUCUCCAGAAACCUUUUACGUUGGGAAGCUUGUCCAAGUCUAUGUUGCCAACUUCAUCCACCGUAAGCCUCGUGGAGACCAGCUGGACAACGCUAAUCCUGUCAGGAAUGAGGAGACUGGGUUGUGGCAGUGUCCAUUCUGUCUCAAGAACGAUUUCCCGGAGCUGAGUGAGGUGUGGAACCAUUUUGACGCUGGUGACUGCCCCGGCCAGGCCAUUGGUAUCAGAGUCCGCCUGGAUAAUGGCAUAUCAGGCUUCAUCAGCAUAAAGAAUCUGUCCGACAAGACCGUCACCAACCCGGCCGAGAGAGUGCGGAGAGACGGCCUGGUGCUCUGCCGCAUCAUGAAGAUUGACCCUGAAAAGUUCUCCGUUGAGCUGACCUCGAGAACUUCCGACCUCCAGGACAGAGACAGCAAGUGGAAGCCCCCGAAGGACCCUUACUAUGAUGUCGAGGCUGAGGAGAAGGACCUGAACAUGGACCGUAAGAGGAAGGACAAGAAGAAGACGCAGUACCAGAAGCGUGUCAUCGCCCAUCCGUCCUUCAGGAACAUUGACUACAACGAGGCGGAGAAGGUCAUGCAGACGCUGGAGCAGGGCGAGGUCAUCAUCCGACCCUCCAGCAAGGGCAUCGACCACCUCACAGCCACGUGGAAGGUCACGGACGGUAUCUGUCAGCACAUAGACAUCCAGGAGCAGGACAAGCAGAAUGACUUCUCCCUGGGGCAGAAGCUGUGGAUCGGCUCGGAGGAGUUUGAGGAUCUGGAUGAAAUCAUAGCUCGCUACAUCACUCCAAUGGCGGUCAACGUGCGUCAGAUCCUGGAGUACAAGUAUUACAAGGAGUCCAUCUCUGGCAGCAAGGAGAAGGCCUCAGAGUUACUCAAGGAGGAGAAGAAGAAGAACCCCAAGACCAUUCCCUACAUCUUCUCUCCCAGCAAGGAGCUGCCGGGCAAGUUCCUGCUGUCAUACCUCCCCCGCACCAAGGUGAUCCACGAGUACGUCACGGUCACCCCCGAAGGGUUCAAGUUCCGCCAGCGCAUGCAGCACCCCAACCUGGCCGGCCUCCUCAAGUGGUUCAAGCAGAACUUCCGCCGGGCAGUGCCGGGGGCCACGCCGGGCAUGAUGUCCACCCGCACACCCUACAUGGGCGGCACCACGCCCAACCUGAUCGGAGUGGACGCCUCCACCAUCCAGAAGGUGGCACAAAACCUCAACCCCCACAUGCUGCACAACCUGUCCCAGGCCGCCACCAACACCCCCUACGGCGCCCACACACCUGGGGCAUUCUCACAGGGCUACUCCAACUACGCCAACACCCCCUACACCCCCUCGGGCCAGACCCCCUUCAUGACCCCCUACGCCACCCCCGGGCCCUCCACCACUCCGCGCUACGGCUCCCAGACCCCCGUGUACGGCAGCACGGGUAACCGCACACCCUCGCACCGGCCCGCUGGUGCCCACGCCUCGCAGACACCGCGCUCCAUCCCCACGGUCAGCAGCCGCAACGAGCAGAUGGACUGGAAGCUGGCGGCGGCGGCGUGGAUGCAGGCCAAGGGUAGCACCAGCGGCCACGCCAGCGGCGGGAGGAUGACGCCGCGCCACCACGACAGCGGCCGCAGCACACCACGCUACUCCGACACCUCGCGCUACUCCGCCAGCCCCCGCUACCAUGACGACGGGUCCCGCCGCACGCCGCGCUACGAGGACCGCACGCCGCGCCCCUACCAUGACUACGACAACCCCCGCGCCACGCCACGCUCAGCCCGCUCCACGCCCAAGACCAUCCACUCCCCCGCCAACAUGAGCAUCGGCGGGGACCAGACGCCCCUCUACGACGAGUGAGGCGCCUCCCCCCCAACUGCCAUGCCCGCCCCCCUGACCUCAUACUCCACCCUCCCUGCCCCUACCCUCCCUCCUCCCCUGCCCUGGAGCUAGACUUAACUUAUGGUAUUAUAAGGUUGGGAUUUUCCUAUGACAUAAUGUUGUUAAUGUGUAUAACAGUGUAGUUGUCUUUUCAUUAAUUUCCUUAUCGUAUGUCCCCAUACUCUUAUAUUUUAUAUCUAUAUAAACUCUUGGUAACUGUAGUGGUGAUGAUAUUUACAUACAAAUACCCAGUUGGGUGUUUUUUUGCAUUACUAUGCUUGUAAGAGUGACUACUGUAUUACCAAGGCUCCUUAGAAAGCUACUGUGAUCUGUUCAAUACAGGUGAAACGUG